CGGGCUUGUUUGUAACCUUACAAGUCGCUACUCUCUGGUGUACUGUAGAGUUUGUCGGCGUUCGUUCUUCGUUUCGUUUCCGUACAAAACUCGAUUUAUUUAAAUAUUUCAAAAUAAUGGAUAUUAGGCCGAAUCACACGAUUUACAUCAACAAUCUCAACGAGAAGAUUAAAAAAGAAGAGCUUAAAAAGUCGCUUUAUGCCAUUUUCUCCCAGUUCGGACAGAUCUUGGACAUAGUCGCAUUGAAAACGCUCAAAAUGAGGGGCCAGGCGUUCGUAAUAUUCAAGGAAAUAGCGAGUGCAACCAACGCCUUGAAGUCCAUGCAGGGAUUUCCUUUUUAUGAAAAACCAAUGAAAAUUGCAUUUUGUAAAACGGAUUCAGAUAUUAUAGCCAAAUUAAAGGGCACUUACCAAGAGAGGCCAAAGAAAAUAAAGAAGCCUCCAGUGGAAGAACCGGUCGAAUCCAAAAAAGCUAAAAAGAAAGCUGCCAAGGAACAGGCUAGGUCGGCUGGUCAAAAUUCGGCACCAAACAGUAGACAGAUGCAUGAACAACCACCUAAUCAAAUUUUGUUCCUUACAAAUCUACCAGAUGAAACCAAUGAAAUGAUGUUAUCCAUGCUUUUCAAUCAGUUUCCUGGUUUUAAGGAAGUCCGAUUAGUACCAAAUAGGCAUGACAUCGCAUUUGUAGAAUUUGAAAAUGAACAUCAAUCUGCCGAAGCAAAGAUGUCUCUAAAUGGUUUUAAAAUAACACCGACACAUGCCAUGAAAAUAUCAUUUGCAAAGAAAUAAUUUUAUUUUAAGACGUCAAAGGCAGCCAUUUGUUUUAUUAUUUUGUAUCUAUUGUAAUAGAAGUGUGAAACUGUAAAAUAUAUUUUUAUUUCUUUUUU